AUGGGCAAAUGGCAUUAUGGAGUUGUCCUGGACGCAGGAUCGUCUGGGACUCGAGUACAUGUUUAUCGCUGGUUGAACAACAACGUUGCGCGAAAAGAGGCCGAUGCGAAAGACCUCAAGUCUCUGCCGGAAAUCAAAACAAAAUCUGACUGGACCAAGAAAAUACGACCUGGAGUAUCGUCUUUCGCUGAUCGCCCCGAAGAAGUCGGACCUGAACACCUCGCGGAACUCUUGGAACACGCUAGCAAGAUUGUGCCGGAAGAUGCUAUCAAGGAAACGCCUAUCUUCCUUCUCGCCACCGCGGGAAUGCGACUACUCCCCGACGUGAAACGAAACCUACUAUUGGAUCAGAUCUGCUCGUACGCCCGCGCCAACUCCGACUUCAUGCUACCCGACUGCGACGUUCAUAUCCAAGUGAUUCCGGGGGUGACAGAGGGUCUCUACGGAUGGGUGGCAUCCAAUUAUCUGCUAGGAAGCUUCGACGCCCCUGAAAAGCAUGAUCAUGGAAAGGGCCAUCACACGUACGGUUUCCUAGACAUGGGAGGCGCAUCAGCGCAGAUUGCAUUUGCGCCAAACGCCACUGAGAGCAAGAAGCAUGCGAACGACCUGACGCUGCUGCGUUUGCGCAAUGUCGACGGAUCGGACCAAGAGCACCGGGUCUUCGUCACUUCUUGGCUUGAGUUUGGAGUGCGGGAGGCUCGUCGACGUUAUCUGGAGUCGCUUCAGGCAGCCAGCGCAGUCGAUACUAUCAAGGAGCUCCCCGACCCAUGUCUGCCAGCCGGACUGCGAACCACUCUUGAGGGACAGACGAUAUCGACAGAAGAAGCGAAGGCGGCGGAAAAGUAUCUACUAGGAACCGGAAAGUUUGAUGAAUGUCUUCGACAGACUUUCCCGUUACUAGACAAGGAUGCCCCGUGUCCUGAUGCUCCCUGUCUCCUACACGGAGUCCAUGUUCCAGCCAUUGACUUUGACGUGAAUCAUUUUAUCGGCAUCAGCGAAUACUGGCAUACGACGCACGACAUCUUCGAAAUGGGACACAAGGACAAAACGUACGACUUUAAUACCUAUCAAGACCGCGUCCUAGCGUUUUGCUCGCAAGAUUGGAGCACUAUCGAGGACGGCAUCAUCCAGCAUAAGUGGGGAAAAAAGCUGGAUAUCGACAAGGCUCAUGAGCUCUGCUUCAAGGCAUCGUGGAUCAUCAACGUGCUGCACGAUGGGAUUGGAGUUCCCCGUGUGGGACUCGAGGAUACAACAGGGUCUGGUCACAACGGAACGGAAGAAGUCAUUCAAAAGGGCCAAGACAAGGGCUACCUUGAUCCUUUCCAGGCAGUGAACAAGAUUGACUCGACCGAAGUUAGUUGGACUUUGGGAAAGAUGGUUCUGUACGCAUCGUCACAGGUGCCUGUGGAGACGGAAGAAUUCCUGCCUGUUGGAUUUGGAAGCAACGUUGCCGGCGUUCCCAACGAUUUCCAGUACCCGAGUGCUGAGUUGAUGCCCACGCCUCAGGGCCCUCACAACACCUCGUGGCAUGAUGCCUUGUUCGAAGAAGCCUCCUCUCGCAGGGCUCCAGGUUUUAUUCUGUUCUUGCUAAUCGUUGUCAUGGCGUUAUUCUUCCUUUGUGGGCGGAGCCGUCGCCUGCGAGUAUACCACAAGAUUAACACUUGCCUCCACCGUCGCGGUCCAUCGCAUCCGAACCAUCCCAAGAAGCGAAAGUUUUUCGGUGGCAAGCUACCGUUCUUUGGCGGUCCGCGCAGCCCUUCAUACGAGCGUGUCCUCGAAGACGGCGCCCACGAAUUCGACCUCGGAGCCACCCACUCUGGCCGAAGCUCCUUGGACGACAGCCGUUCCUCUGACGCCGGUUCGGGCUUCAUGCCACCCAAACGAGCCGCCAGUUGGGGCAGCAGCACGCCCAGCCUGAAGUUCGGCCUGGAUAACUCAUCCACGGGGACCAUCGGUCUCGGGAUUACGGCGGGGUCUGCAAUGGAUCGAGCGGGUUUGGUCGUGAGGACGGAGAGUCGAGAUCAUCUGGCCCCGAUAGCAUUGGGACCUACGACUAACGGCCGCCGUUCACGAACUGGCAGUCCUUCUCGAUCUCACCCACUUCGAUCACCAAUCACGACCCCUUUGACGCAAGAUUAA